AAAACACUAUUUAUAAACCACUCACCAAAAAUUUCUUAGUUUAAGUUAACCAUUAACAGGAAUAGGUAAAAACCAAGUGAAGAGACAGAGAGACGAAAAAUGGAAUCUCAAAGCUCAAAGUUAUCUUUUUCCAUUGAAAGGAUUUUAACUACUCCAUCGACUAAAAAACAUGAAAUCACCAGAACCACUCAUGGCAUCUUCUUGUUGAAACCUUGCGAAAUGUUUUUUUACCCAUCAGACGCAGUUCAAAGACCCAUCAUCAGCUGUUCGAAAAACGAACGAUACAAAUUACCUUACAGAAAAAAAGAAAUAAAAUUUUGCAAGAUGAUGAGCAAAAAGGUAUUUAUGGAUGAAAAAGAUAGAUUUUCUUUAAGUCAAAAAGCAAUCUUAAGACAACACCCUACACCUGAACACCCUACACCUGAAAAAAUAAAAGGACAACCAAUACUUUGUCAAACUGGAUACUUGAGAUCAUCACUUGAAGGUUCUAAUAUCUCUUAUUGUAAAGUAACUUCAAAUUCGGAUGAUGUCAGCAAUCUAAUAGAAAACAACAAAAGAAAUCGAACAAUAUUUUCAAAAAAGCAAUCCUGCGUUUUGGAAGAUGUUUUUAAAAAAACGCAUUAUCCGGAUUUAAAAUGUCGAUAUGAAAUUUCUCAACAAACAAAACUUGCCGAGAACAGGAUACAGGUAUGGUUCCAAAACAGACGCGCAAAAUGGCGUCGUACAGAAAAAGUUUGGGGUGAAGGCUCCAUUAUGGCAAAAUAUGGACUUUACGGAGCAAUGGUUCGUCAUUCAUUGAAGUAAAUGUAAAUGGUGUUUUUUUUUUGCCGUCAAUUAAAGUAUUUAAUUUGUAAACUUUGUAAAUAUAUUUAUCUCGUAUUACAAAUAACAAAACGUUUUUAUAUUGAUAA